AAUCACCAUUAUUACUUUUUCUUAUCACAUUUAUCAACUUCACUAUAAAUCAAUCAUCAUUGAUAUUAUUAUUUUAAUAAUAUCAUCCACCUAAUCAAUAAAUCAAACAACUACCAGUCUGUCUUUUAAUUAGAUGUCAAUGUGGAUCAAGCCGAGGUCAAACAAAAAAAAAAAUGUGGAUGAUGUCAAGAACAAACUAACAAAUCGAACAAACAAUGUUAUAUCUGACAGCUGAUUUUUUCCCCAUAUUCGUUCCACUUGGUGUGAUUGGCUUUUAUCGAUAUCUUUUAUUUUUGAUCAAGCUUUGUGGAUGGUUUGUGUAUAGACCUAUUAGACCUAUUGCCAACCCUUUGUAUCAAGCUAAAGACGAUGUGACCAUUGUUGUACCGACCAUUGAUGCUGGUGAAGAAUUCUGUGAAGCUGCUCGAUCAUGGUUAGCCUGUAAUCCCAAAGAAAUCCUAGUGGUGACCGAAGCAUGUAUGAUGGAACCUAUGAUUACCUUGGCCAAUUCCAUUGAUCCUGAUAGAAUCCGAGUACUCUCUGUGCCACGUGCAAGUAAACGUGUACAAAUGGUGGAAGGUGUGAUACAUACUAAGACGGAUAUAUUGGUUUUUGCUGAUGAUGAUGCCAUUUGGCCGCCUACAAUGCUGGAUUAUAUUUUGGCUUGUUUUGAAGAUGAAUCAGUGGGUGGAGUUGGAACAUCACAAACAGUGAAAUCGAUUGGCAAACAUCAAUCUAUUUGGGAAAUCUUAGCUGGCUUUCGACUGACGGUGCGUAAUAUUGAAGUGGCUGCUUCUACUCAUAUUGAUGGUGGUGUAUGUUGUAUCUCUGGUCGAACAGGUGCAUAUCGUACAGUGAUUUUGAAGGAUCCUGGAUUUCAAGAUGCUUUUAUCAACGAUUAUUGGUGUAACCGGCAUUUAUUAAAUUCGGGAGAUGAUAAAUUCUUAACGAGGUGGAUGGUAUCUCAUGGAUGGUCUACAUAUAUGCAAGUAUGCAAGGAAGCAUUGUUGUUAUCGACAUUUAAGAACAAUUGGCGAUUUUUGAAGCAGGUGCUUCGUUGGACAAGAAAUACUUGGCGAUCUGACUUCCGAUCUUUAUGUAUAGAACGCUUCAUCUGGCAUCGACAUCCUUUUGUAGCCUACACCAUGGUGGAUAAAUGUCUCAAUCCAUUGACACUACUUAGUGGUCCUGUUUCUGUCUUGAUCUUGUGCAACUUGGAUUAUCAUUUACCCAAUUGGAAUAUUAUUGCCUCUUAUCUUGCUUGGUUACUCAUCACACGUUUUGUCAAAUUGAUUCCUCAUUUAUUCAAACGUCCACAAGAUGUUUGGGCCAUCCCUGCUUUCUUGGUCUUCAAUUUUUAUUUUGCUAUCAUGAAACUGUAUGCUCUCUUUACUCUUCAUAAAACUGGUUGGGGUACACGUCAAGAAGCCGUUAUUGAAGAAAAUCAUUACUGAUCAAUCAAAACUCUGGAUGGGAACAAAUCAAAUCUAGUUUAGUUUGGUUAUCAUUACGUAGUUUAGUAUUCUAUAUAUAUAUAUAUAUGCUUUGGUGAUGCAAUGCAUAUGUAGAUUGAUUAUUUAUAUACUUUUAUUAUUUAUUCAUUUAUUUAUUUAUUUCAUUGGAUGAUGAUCAUCGAUCAAUCAAGAAAUAAUAUAAUAAAUAUACAAUAAAAUGAUUGGAUUUUUUU